UCAUGUGACCUCUGCAGGCUGGGACUUGUAGUCCUCCCCAGCGUUUGGCUCUUUUAUGUCCCACUAUCUUGGGCAGGGCGGUCUAAUGUACCCUGGAUGGGCGCCAUGAAUGGGUCAGAGGAGCCCCCAGUUCUGGUUGGCUGAGGUUAGGCCCCUCCAAGAGAUGACCAUCCACAACCUGUACAUAUUUGACCGGAAUGGGACCUGCCUUCACUACAGCGAGUGGAACCGGAGGAAGCAGGCCGGGAUCUCUAAAGAUGAGGAAUACAAGCUGAUGUAUGGGAUGCUCUUCUCCAUUCGCUCCUUCAUCAGUAAAAUGAGCCCCGUGGAUAUGAAAGAUGGCUUCCUUUCCUUCCAAACUAGCAAGUAUAAGCUUCACUACUACGAGACACCGAGUGGUCUGAAGAUGGUGAUGAACACAGAUCUGAGCGUGGGGAGCAUACGGGAAGUCCUUCAUCAGAUAUACAGCACGAUUUUUGUGGAAUAUGUGGUGAAGAAUUCUCUCUGUUCCCUCAAUGAGCCCAUUCAAAGUGAACUUUUCAAAAGCAAACUGGACAGCUUUAUCCGGAGUCUCCCCUACUUCUCGGCCAGAGCUGGCUAAAACCUGCCCAGCAGGACAUGUUGCACUAACCUUGAGCAUCUCUCCAAGCCUCUACAAGGCUUUUGUGCAUCCAGCUUCAACGGUAGAAGACUUCUCUGCUCAAUAACUGAGAGCUCUUCAGCACACUGCCAGCUUUCUCGGGAUUCCCUGACACCAUAGACCAUCGUCGUCUUUACACGUAUGACUGAUACACGUAUGCAGUUGAUCCUCAUGCUUCUCGAAUGAAGAAGAGCAUUCACCGAACGCAAGAGUUGUCGAUAGAAGAGGUGCAGUGAUUCAUAAUGAACACCAAGUAGCAGCGACUGAUUUUUGUUUCUUGUUAAUGUAUGCUUAUUUACCUGUGAUUUAUUGCAUCUGUAUACGGGGCGGGGGACGGAAAACGGGGUGUCAUGUUAUAUCUACAUUAAAGCUACUGUAACGUGUGGAUGGAACAGUAGGUGACCAAUCA